UCAUCUACUCCAUCUACUCCACCUACCCCAUCUAUCCCUACAGGUGAACCCCUGAGGAUUGUGCUGAUUGGAAAGACUGGAGUGGGGAAGAGUGCUGUGGGGAACACCAUUCUGGGGAGAAAAGAGUUUACCUCAGAGCCUUCUGCCAACUCUGUCACACAAACUUGUAACAGAGAGGCUUUGUUUUCUCCCAGAAAGAUUGAGGUGAUUGAUACACCUGGUAUUUUAGAAACUGACAGAGAUCCAGAUGAUGUUAAAGAUGAGAUAGUGAAGUGCAUUAAAUACUCAUGUCCAGGGCCCCACGCAUUCCUGCUGGUGAUUGCGGUGGGCCGCUUCACUAAGGAGGAGCAGAAUGCAGUCAGGGCCUUACAGAAGAUCUUUGGGGAAAAGGCUGCAGACUACAUGAUUGUCCUGUUCACUCGUGCUGAUGAACUUAGGGAUCAGACUAUCAAUGACUAUGUGGUCCAAGGUCACACCAAACUGAGAGAAGUGGUACAGAGCUGUGGUGGACGAUUCCAUGCAUUUAACAACAGCAGCAGUAACCGCACUCAGGUUGUUGAGCUGGUGAAGAAAAUAGAUGAGAUGGUGAAAGCAAAUGGGGGAGGUCACUUCACUGAUGAGAUGUACGAAGAGACACAGAGAGUCAUGACAGAAAGAAAUCUCUCCUCUAGCUCACCUGAGUUAGACAGGUAUCUUCCUUUCUUACCGCUCCUGCGGAAUACAGUGAAAGCCUUUCUACAGGUUCUGACUGAAGACUGA